GUCGAGCACAGAUAAGAACAGAGGUUAGAUGGAAUAUGGCUCUCUCCAGAGGUUUGAGAUGCUGUCAAAGGGUUUUCUCGUGGAUACCUGUGCUUAUAAUAACCUCGGUGGUGUUAUGGUCAUACUACGCCUACGUGUUUGAACUCUGUGUUUUCACACUCACCAAUACAUUAGAAAAAGUGGCCUAUCUGCUGGUGUUUCAUGUGUGCUUUGUGAUGUUCUCCUGGACAUACUGGAAGUCCAUAUUCACCCCCCCUGCAACAUCAUGCAAAAAGUUCCAGAUGUCAUACUCAGACAAGCAGAGGUACGAGAUGGAAGAGAGGCCAGACGCUCAGAAACAGAUCCUGGUUGAGAUCGCAAAGAAACUACCCAUCUUUACACGAACUCAAUCUGGAGCUAUCAGGUUCUGCGACCGCUGCCAGGUACUGAAGCCUGACCGCUGUCACCACUGCUCAGUUUGUGAAACAUGUGUCUUGAAGAUGGACCAUCACUGUCCUUGGGUGAACAACUGUGUGGGCUUUUCCAACUACAAGUUCUUCCUGCUUUUCCUCUCCUACUCCAUGCUGUACUGUGUGUUUAUUGCAGCAACAGUCUUUCAGUAUUUCCUCAAAUUCUGGGGGGGGGACUUGCCAAAUGGUCCUGCAAAGUUCCAUGUCCUCUUCCUCAUGUUUGUGGCACUCAUGUUCUUCGUCAGUCUCAUGUUCCUCUUUGGCUACCACUGUUGGUUGGUGGCCAAGAACCGGUCCACUUUAGAGGCCUUCUCAGCUCCAGUUUUUGUCUGCGGACCAGACAAAAAUGGUUUUAAUGUCGGCUUACGCAGAAACCUGCAGCAAGUAUUUGGAGAGGAUCGGAGACUGUGGUUCAUCCCCGUCUUCACAAGCCAAGGAAAUGGCCACUACUUCCCCUUGAAGAAUCGCAGUUCUGAUUCCCAGAACCCCUUGUUAGCCAAUGAGGACAUGUGGGAGGAGUCUGAUGACUGCUCCGAGGAAGGAGGUCUGGCUGAGGACCGAGACCCCUCUGUUACCAUAGAGAUGGAGGAAUAGUCAUUUUAAUGUUAAGGACAAUUUCUACUGGUACAGGGGCUGUACAGUAAAUAUAAUAUCAGACACACUGUGUACCACGAGACAAAUGCAUUCCAAAUCACGCGGAUUUACUAACACUGAAAGAAAUUCUGAAGGGGGCCAAAGGUGUGGAAAAAUCUGCAUUUGGAUCAAAUGUUUUACAUAAUGACAGCCAGUAGCUUCAUCUAUCCUCUCCAGGACGACAAAUUCAGUUUGAUUUGGAAAAAAUAAAACUUUGCAAUAUUACCUCGGAAAAAAAGUCAACUGCUGUUUAACAUGGACUGCAUAUUUCCCUCUGGAGGUUCAUCUCAAGACACUGGCCUCUGUGAGUUUUUGAAUUACUGUAAAUCUGGAAGCUUCUGUCCGGCUCUGUACUUUUGUAUAUAUACUGUUUCAGUUGGCCUGUGGGUUUAUAGUGUUGCACUGCAGAACCUGGUCUGUGCAGGGGGGACAUCGAACCUAACACCCAUAAUGCUCAGAGGGGGGUCUCUUGUUGUCAUUCAGUGCUCUGGCCUCUUCCAGUUUGGCUCUUGCCGAUAUUAACUUGAGAUUUUAGAUUACUUUUAUUCAACAAACAUAUAAAAAUAACCGACAGAACCUGCGCCUUAUUAAUAUAUAUUUAUUCUUGUGUUUUGGGAGUUUAUUUCUCCUGAGAAUGUAUCAAGCAUCCUGCUUGUGUAAGUAGACUGUGACAACAUGUAUGGCACCUAUUUAAUGAAGAACCUCAUAUAUUAUGCUUUAAUAGACAAUAUCAACACAAAUAUUGAGUUAAAAUGCCAUUACCAAUGAUUAAUAAGGAGGGUGACAGUAAUGAAAACAAAAUUAGCUUCAUUAUUUAGCUUUGGUUUGCAGCGCACAAUGUUUGGAAAUGAAGUUCUAAAUCUCAUCGAGUAUUAUAGCAAAUAUUAAAGCUAGGGUAGGCAACUUUAUAGAAACCAUGCAGAGAACUUGCGCUGCCAACAACUUGUGUAGGACGAGUUACCCUGAAGUGCUAGAAAUAGGAGCGAAGGCCAUGGUUGUCAUUGUUAAGCAUGGCCAAUUACCUUUCUCUGCCAUUCUUGUGUGAGUGGCAAGCCCGGCUUAAUCAUUGUGAAACCUCUGCACAUGUGCAAUGAAUGCACAGGCAGAGUGCUCCUAGGUGGGCAGGGAGGUAUGUAGAAAGGUAUGAAGACCAUUCAAGAAUUUCUUUUGACCGACAGAGAGUGUUCUUAUUUCAGUCCUUUUGACAGCCACAGUUACAGGAUUGCUUGUUCGAGCAGUGGUUCAACUGAUUUAACAAAAACAGAAACGCCUAUCCUUGCUUUAAGAAAAUGUCUGAAUCCAAACCGGAAUAUAUCAUAUAUCAAAAAUUAAAUGCUUUUGUCGUCUUUGUCGAUAUUUAAAAAAAUGCAGUAAGCAGUUCACAUUUUUUAAAGUUCUGGAUGAGUGUGCAUGACAUACUGUGACAUUUUUUUUUAAACCACCGUCACAAUCCUUUUUCCUACUAUAUCAGCCAUCUCCAGUACAUUCACACCUCUGUGUGGAUGCAGCGAUCAGGAAACAUGUGAGAUUAGCUUUCUUUGUAGGCACAAACUCAAAAAGGAGAAGGUGCAGACUUUUUCUUUGUCAGUUUUCUCUUUUGAUCUUUUUGAAUAUACCGAAAACUGUACAUGUAUGAUAUAGACUGAUCUUCAUUCACUGGUUGGUAAAGGUCAGCUGCUCUAAGUGUUUUCUACCUGUGUUUCUGUUUUUUGAGAUGUUUUGUUUUGGUGUAUGAACUUGUGUGUUAAAUCCAGUGUACAUCUUAUUGAGAAUGAUUGAAAUGUUGGGCCUUCAAGCAUCAAACUUGAUGCUGAUAGAUCUUGACACUUUUAACUGGCUUCCUCUGAUCGGUUUUCUAUGUUGGGUAAGCCAAAUCAAAUGCUGCUCAUGCCUGAGAAAUACAUAACAUUACAUAAACAUGUCUCUUAUUAGUUAAUCUACAUGUAUUUAUCUGAGGUAUGACUGUGUUUGGAAGCAUGUGUGAAAUGUUAGGGAUGUUGAGUGGAUCAUGAAUCUUGUGUCUAUUGUUACCAUAUUUAGCUCCCCCUGUGUUUUGUUUACUGAUUCAUAACUGCUGCAGGCGGUAUCUGUAUAUUUUGCUCCAUUCAGUGACACUUGAAAUAAACUAUUGACGCUAUGUGCUCUUAUCAAAUAAUAGGAUAUUUAUACCAUGAGAAGCUCACUAAUUAUUCCCAGUGUGCAGACAGGAGGGAAUAUAUUUCAAGCUCACACAGUAUGGUCCCUUUUGAACCCUGCUUUGGAGUGUGUGAUUGUGUCACUUCCCUUCUUCAAAACCUGUGGACCAUUAACAGUACUGAAACCAUCUCAUCUUCUGUCUGUUAACAAAUAUAAAUUCUUUAUUUUCCACCAUUUGUUGUAACAUGCAAAAUAAAAUUAUCCAAGUUGAACUCUC